AUGGCACCCAGCACACUCUUCCGCUCGGAAGAGAUGUCCUUAAUUCAACUUUAUAUUCCUGCUGAAGUUGCUCAACCCUGUGUUGCAGAGUUAGGCGAACUUGGCAAGGUUCAAUUCCGAGAUCUUAAUCCUGAUGUCAAUGCCUUUCAACGUUCUUUUGUGUCUGAAAUAAGAAGACUUGAUGAAAUGGAACGUCAAUGUCGAUUCUUUCAAACACAACUUCAAAAGUCAGACAUCUAUAUCCGUCCACUAACGCCUGCUGCUUAUCGUUCUCGUGCUCGUUCAGCUCAAGAAAUCGAUGACCUUGAGGAAACACUGAAAGAGUACGAAAGCCGUAUCACUCAAAUGAAUUCCUCAUAUGAGUCUCUUCAGCGCCGGUACCUGCAGCUGACUGAACUCAGACACGUCUUGAGAGAAUCCGCUGGUUUCUUUGCAAACGCUGAGUCUAGACAAGACAACCGACGUGCCUCCUUGGACGAUGACUCUGCUCCUCUCUUGGAAAACGAUGUUCAGAACGACAUGGACCGUCUUAACCUGGGUUAUGUCACAGGUGUCAUCUCUCGUUCUCGUAUGCAAACAUUUGAACGUGUUCUCUGGCGCUCACUUCGUGGUAACCUGUACAUGAACUCUGCCGAGAUUGAUGAACCUAUUGUCGAUCCAGACACCGACAGUGUGGUUGACAAGAACGUCUUUGCCAUCUUUGCUCACGGUACCGAGAUUAUUGCUAAAAUCAAGAAAAUUUCCGAAAGCUUAGGUGCUACGUUAUACUCCAUCGAUGACUCUGCUGACAAGCGUCGUGAUGCUCUUCUUGAGGUCACUAACCGCAUUGAGGAUCUCAACAACGUGUUAUCCACUACCAACCAAACACGUCGUUCAGAAUUACUCAAGGUUGCUGAAAAUAUUACCCCUUGGACUACAAUCGUCCGUAAAGAAAAGGCCAUAUACCACACUAUGAACUUGUUUAAUUAUGACGUGAACCGUAAGUGUCUUAUUGCUGAAGGAUGGUGUCCUAAGAACGAUAUUCCUUUGGUUCAACAGGCCUUGAAGGACGCUACGAGCGCCUCUGGCACCAACUUGCCUUCUAUCCUAACCGAGCUUGAGACCAAAAAGACACCACCUACUUAUCACCGCACCAAUAAGUUUACAGAAGGAUUUCAGGGCAUUAUUGAUGCAUACGGUAUUGCUCGUUAUCGUGAAGUCAAUCCUGGUCUAUUUACCAUUGUCUCCUUUCCUUUCUUAUUUGCCGUCAUGUUUGGUGAUAUCGGUCACGGUUUCCUCAUGGUUUUGGCUGCUGCUUAUCUCUGCAUCAAUGAAAAGAAACUUUCUCAAAUCAGAGAUGAAAUCUUUCAAAUGAUGUUUGGUGGUCGUUACAUGAUGCUCUUGAUGGGUCUCUUCUCCAUCUUCACUGGUGCUAUUUAUAACGAUAUCUUUUCCUUGUCCUUGAAUCUCUUUAAGAGCGGAUUUGAUUUACCAUCCAACUACACUUCUCAUGAAUCCGUUGAGUCUAUUCCCAACGGCCAUGUUUAUCCAUUUGGCUUAGAUCCCGCCUGGCAUGGUUCUGAAAACGCUUUACUUUUCACCAACUCAUACAAGAUGAAGCAGGCCAUCAUUAUCGGUGUCAUACACAUGACACUUGCUGUCUGCUUGAACGUCUUUAACCAUAUCUACUAUAAGCGCAAAGCAUUCGUCUGGCUUGAGUUCGUACCACAGAUCCUCUUUAUGCAAUCUAUCUUUGGAUACCUUAUCUUUUGUAUCAUGUACAAGUGGAGCGUCAACUGGUGGGAGCUGGACAGUGAAGGCCACCAUAUCCAUAACAAACCACCCAAUUUGUUAAACAUGCUCAUCUACAUGUUCCUCACACCCGGUUCAGUGAAGCCUGAAGAACAGCUCUAUCCUGGUCAAGGACCUAUCCAGGCCGUGUUGCUGUUGAUUGCUGUUGUUUGUGUGCCUUGGAUGUGGUUUGGUAAGCCACUUUACUUGAAGAGAGAAGCUAGUCAACACCACUAUGCCUCUGUGGCUGUUGAUGACCACGUGGAUGAAGAACAAGCUCAACACGCAGUUGUGCACGACGGAGUUGAUGAUGACGAAGAAGAGGAAGAGUUUGAUUUCGGUGAAGUAAUGAUUCACCAGACGAUUCAUACGAUCGAAUUCUGUUUGAACUGCAUUUCCAACACAGCAUCUUAUCUUCGUCUUUGGGCCUUGUCUCUUGCUCAUGCUCAAUUAUCAAGCGUAUUGUGGGACAUGACAUUAAAGAUUUGGUUCAACAUGACAGGUGCCAUUGCCGUCAUUGGUCUUGUGAUCGGAUUCGCACUUUGGUUCGGGCUGACAAUUGCUAUUCUGUUAUGUAUGGAAGGUUUAUCUGCCUUCUUACACGCUCUUCGUCUGAUGUGGGUAGAAUUUGAUGGUAAAUUCUAUAAUGCUGAUGGUAUUGCCUUCCAACCCUUUACAUUUGCUACCGUCUUGGAACCUGUUUCGGAAUAA